AAGGAAUUUGAUACUUUAAAUUUCCAUAUAAGAUGCACUUGUUUGAUUGAUCAACACAUCUGAAAACCACUUUGAAAGUUGCAGGUUUGGCAGUUUCAUGUCUUCAUGUGUCUGUUUCAACAAAACAGUGUCGGCUGCCCCUCGACCAUUUUACAUCCAGAAAUAUCGUGACCGAAAGCACAAGGUUUCUGUUCAAACUUCUCCUACCCUCCGCUUGCGAUAGAGAAGCUGCCCAGAGCUCACUGCUGUCAAUCACCUAUGUUUCACUGGAAGCUCACAGAACACGUCCAUGCUCUGCCCUCCUAUCAGAACUGUGUGUUAGAGCCCAGUUCACACUGACGCUUCAUGGAGCCUCAGAGAGAACCUGGCUGCUGAUGAGCCAGUGGGAAAGAGCCGAUGAUGGAGAGCCUGCUUGUGAAAACAGACGAAACCGGUGCAGUGGGCGGUCAGGAAGAGGAUUUUCCAUUCUAGGAUGGUCAGAGACAGUCUGGACAGAACGUCUGAUCAAAACCAAAAACAGGAGCCAGCAGCUGAGCCACAGAACCCAGAGGAGUCCCAUCGACCCGAACGAGCAGCGGAAAAAAAUAACGCAGAAAACAAGGAAUCUGCAGGAUCAACGCUCGACUUUCUGCUCUGGUGCAAACUCAAAUUCGAGGAGGAAUCGGAGUCCUGGAGGCUGCCAGAGACAGCAGCAGAUGCUGACGGCUUGCCCACACACAUCCGUCCAUUCGCCAGCUUUGCAGAGUAUCGUCUGAUCAAACUCACCUACCUGCAGCUGCAGGAAAGCGGUUUCUACUGGGGACCCAUGACUAUGGAGGAAGCACAUCAACGUCUCACUCACACAUCUCUGGGAACUUUCCUUCUCAGGGACAGCGGCCAGCCCGAUGUCUUCUUCACUCUCAGCUACCAAAGCGAAGACGGCCCCACCAGCGUCCGUGUCCAGCUGAACAACCUGCUCUUCAGCCUGCAUGGCAGCCAAAAGACUUUCCCUUCGCUGUUCGCUCUGCUUGCCUUCUACACCAGCUCCCCCUGUAGGCUGACCGAGCCCUACCGCAGGCAGCGGCCUGAGCGCCUGAAACAGAUGUGCAGGAGAGCUCUGGUACGGACCUACGGUGCCGAAAGAAUAUGCACCUCCCCUGGACUCAGCCCUGAUGUUAAGGCUUAUGUCAGUGCGUACCCGUACUGUACAUAGACAAACCUGUGGAUGCAGUGCCUUUUACUGCAUUAAGAUGUGAUUUAUUAAGUUAAAAACUGUGGAUUUAUUGUUUUUGUAUUUUGCCGGAGACAAGUUGGUACCACAUGUAAUGAGAAAGCAGAUUGAAAGUGUUUUAUUCAUGACUUACAAUAUUAUUGUAUGCUUGAAGGAAGUCAAAACAAGGCACACAAACCAUUUUGGACAUUUUUUUUACCUUUAAUAUGACAUCUACCCAGUGGUUCUCCAGAAGAAGAGAAAACCUCUGGCUAAGUCCAGACCUGAGUCUGAUUUACUCCUCAGAAGCCAAUAAAUUUGGAGGUUUGUUUUCAUAGCAGAACUUCACAGGUUAAAGUUCAAAUUGUUUAUUUUGCUCUCAUCUUUUUUGCAUCCUAAAAUCCAGACAUUUUAACAAGGGUGUGAAUCUUUAGCUGCACUGUUUUGAAAUCCUGAGGCAAAUGAGGAAACUUUUAAUUUAAGAUGGGUUUUUUAGGCAACAUGUUGCUAAACUGCCUCUUCGUGUUAUAAUGUGGAGAAACUGAGAAAUGCCAUUGCUGCAAGUGUCUUUGUAGUUGAUAACAUUUGAUCUGUGAACAAUAACAAUCUGUGAUAUGCCUAGUAUUUUAUUUCAGGAAAACAAAAACAUAAUUUUCAAAGCAUCUCAUAAUGAAUUACAUAAUUGCCAUGAGUCAGCGACAUAUUACAAAUUAAGAAAUUCCUAUCUUUUUUUGUCUCAUGCAGCAUUUUCAUUCUGUUUUGUACAGAAUGGACAGAAAAAUGCUUCUCUGCAUUUUGUGGACAUGAAUUCCUCAUUUGAAUCAAGGUGUUUGCAAAAACAUUUCUUUGUUUUGUGGCAGUUUUAUUUUUCUGUUUAGAUCUUUUGAGCUUUCAGUGUUGAAUUUUGUUCCAUUCUGCAUUUGUUUUGUAUGUUAUGCACAAAUCAAACAGUUAUGCACUGAACCCAAAGAUUGCACUUUGGUUGUUCUAGUUGGAGACAUUAGAUUUAGUUUUACUAAUGUGUGCAAUUUUAAAACUAAUUCAAAACUUGAAUUAAUUUGUCAUGUUCUUGUAUCUGUAAAAAUGUAUAUAUUGGUACAAAUGCAGCUAUCUAUUGCACAAUCUU